UGAUAGGAGGAAGCUAGUGGUUCCUAAAAGGCACAACCAUGAGAUCUGAGAAGUGGCAUGCAACUCUUGUGCUUCUACACCUGUGUUGUUUUAGCUGUGGAUUCUGUGGGAAAAUCCUAGUGUGGCCUACAGAGUAUAGUCACUGGAUAAAUAUUAAGACCAUCCUGGAUGAGCUUGCCCAGAGGGGCCAUGAAGUCACUGUGCUCACAUCCACAGCCUUCAUUCUUAUUGAUCCUACCAAAUCAUCUCUUCUCAACUUUGAAGUUUAUCCUGUGUCAUUGACUAAAGAAGUUAUUGUUGGUUCUUUUGAUAAAUGGAUUAAGGAAUGGAUAUAUGACCUACCAAGAGUUUCAGCUUGGGAGUAUGCUACAAAGAUGCAAGCCAUGGGUUAUGAAUACUCAAAGCUGAUCAAACAGCUUUGUGAGAGUGUUGUUUUGAACAAGAAGCUUAUGAAGAAAUUGAAGGGAGCCAGAUAUGAGGUUGUUGUUGCAGAUACUAUUAGUCCUUGUGGUGAGCUCAUAGCUGAGAUCCUUGGAAUACCUAUUGUCUAUACUCUUAGGUUCACUACUGGCAAUACAUAUGAAAAAUACUGUGGAGGACUCCCAUCCCCCCCUUCCUAUGUGCCUGUACCUUUGACUGGAUUGACGGGCAAGAUGACAUUCAUGGAGAGGGUGAAAAAUAUGGUUUUCUCCAUUUACUUUGACUUUUGGUUUCAAAAUUUUGAUGUGAAGGAUUGGAAUCAGUUUUACAGUGAUGUGUUAGGAAGACCUACUACGUUAUGUGAAACCAUGGGAAAAGCUGAGAUGUGGCUGAUCCGAACAUACUGGGAUUUCGAAUUUCCUCGGCCAUACUUGCCAAAUUUUGAGUUUGUUGGAGGACUCCACUGCAAACCUGCCAAACCUCUUCCUGAGGAAAUGGAAAAAUUUGUCCAGAGCUCUGGGGAACAUGGUAUUGUGGUGUUUUCUCUCGGGUCAAUGGUCAAAAACCUAACUGAUGAAAAGAGUAACCUGAUUGCUGCAGCUCUUGCCCAGAUUCCACAGAAGGUUCUAUGGCGAUACAAAGGAAAGAAGCCAGACACAUUAGGUCCAAAUACCAGAACCUAUGACUGGAUUCCCCAGAAUGAUCUUCUUGGCCACCCCAAAACCAAGGCUUUUAUCACUCACGGUGGAACCAAUGGAAUCUACGAAGCUAUCUAUCAUGGAGUUCCAAUGAUAGGUGUGCCCAUGUUUGCUGAUCAGCCUGAUAACAUUGCUCACAUGAAGGCCAAGGGAGCAGCUGUUGAGGUGGACUUUAAUUCAAUGACAACUAAAGAUAUGCUCAAUGCUUUGAAGACAGUCAUCAAUAACCCCUCAUAUAAAGAGAAUGCUAUGAGAUUAUCAAGAAUUCACCAUGACCAACCUGUGAAACCCUUAGACCGAGCUGUCUUCUGGAUUGAGUUUGUGAUGCGUCACAAAGGUGCUAAACACCUCAGACCUGCCGCCCAUGACCUUACCUGGUACCAGUACCACUCCUUGGAUGUGAUUGGCUUCCUACUUGCCUGUGUGGCAGCUUUUGUCUUCAUAGUCACCAAAUGCUGUUUGUUUUGCUGCCGGAAGUUGGGUAAAUCAGGAAAGAAACAAAAGAGUGCAUAAUUUCAUCUGAUACCUGAGGCUGAGAAUGAGGGAUUGAGAUGGUGAAGGAGCCUGGAAGAUCUCUACCUUAGUAUAAUUUAGUCUAGCUACUAUGAGAUUUGAGACAAAUUCCUCAUUUUCCCAAUUCGACAAUAUUUAUGUAACUAUUAUGUGCAAAGCAUUGCAAAGUAAGUAAGUCUGGAAGGAGAGGCAAAGAUAAAUAAGAUAGUUCUUGUCCUUGAUGAGUUUACAACCAAUUUAGAAAGAUAAGAUACAUGUGCAAAAAAAAAAUUGGAGUGGUAAUUAUAUGAUAAGAGACAUACCCAAAGAAGCACAGUAAGAAUUUCUCUUUUUCAUUCUCUAGUUUGUGAUAUUAAAGUUUUUCCCAGGUAGAUUUGGAAAACUACAUUAUCUAAGUCAUUGGAAAAUAACAUUGAGGAGGAAAAAACAACAUUUGAAUGGAAUUAUUCCUCAAUCUUCCACUUGGUCUUGUUUGCCUGCUUUAUUUUGAUCUUCUGUCUGUCCCUUCCAUAUUCAAAAUUAUGAUUUUAUACCCUAGAAUAUAAUUUCCAAGUCAUUGAAGUAAUGUCUAUCUAAGAGUGCAACUUGCGUCAAAUGGUUUGUGACCAUAGUUUGAUGCUUUAGGACUGCUAAUUCAGAGACCCGAGCUCUACUACUAACUUUGCUAAAUGACCAUUAGACUGUAUGUUUUAGGGUUGUUUACUCAUUUGCAAAAUGAGAAGGGAGUGGGGCUGGUUUGAUAAGAUAACCUCAAAGGUUCCUUGUAGCUCUAAAAGUGAAACUGGUGCUAUGAUUCAGAAUUCGGUGUGGGCACUGAUUCAAUAAAACCUCUAUGACAUUGCUGGGUUAGGGCUGUGAAGACACAAAGUGGCUCAUGGUUGAAACUUACUGGAGAGUUACUUUUAUAACCAAAGUCCUUACAUACUACUUAAAAUGUUCACCUUAUAGUAUGACAUCAGUGUAAAAGAUCAAAGGGUCUUAACUCCCCAUUUUUAGACCCAAAGGUCUGUUUACUUUGCAAUAUACUACUGAAUCUCAGCCUUCACUGAAGAAAAAAGGACCAGAAUUGUACACUCAGCAUAGCUUGGUAUUUAUUCGGUUUGUGGAUAUCCAGAAUAUGCAGAGAUUUUUCUAGGUUCCUACAGAAGCUUUGUGAUUGUCAGCUAAUACCAAGGCAGGGCAUAAAAACACUUUGUCCUUUUAUCAUCAAACAUUUCUUUGUAUUAUGUGCCUUAGAUCUGGAAACUUACAAUGGCUCAUGCCCAGUUUUUACUAACCAAAUUGCUAUUCACAUGUAGCCUUAAGCAUCCUUCAUCUGUAUUUGCCUAUGUGCAUCAACGCUUUGGUUCAGCAUUUCUCUAAUCAGAGCUCCUUGUUAUCUUCUUCCCAAAGGAGUAGUGGAAUUUUCAUUUGUCCUAGAAAUAUGCUUUCGUUUAUCUACCUGAAAAGAAGGCAUACUCCCACCUUACAGAUCUUCUCUGAAAAGUGAGGAACUUGUUGGAGACUCCAAGUACAGUUGACUGGAAAAUAAGCAUAGUUUCACCUAAUUGUAAACUGUUUGAGCUUACCCUGCCCUUCCCUGUUCUCUUCUCAACUCCAUCUUCCUGACAAGCACAAGAUCUUGGAACCAGUGACACUGAAUACCUCAAUGCACUCACUCAGUCAUCAGACCAACUGGCCUUACCCACCAAACUUAGCAGAAUAAAAAACUGAAAUGCACUGAAGAAUUCAAUUAAUUAGGACUUCCAAGGCUCUGCAUUUCAGUAGUUCUGUGCUUCAAAAAAAUCUAAAACUUCUCUUUCUAGAGAGCAUCCAUUCAAAAUUAUUACCAACCAAAUAUUUCUAAGCUCAUGGGAUGUUCUUAGAAUAAGUGGUGACCAUAGUCCCUGUUAAGAAUUAUUAAAGGAUUUCUUUCCCAUUUCAUCUCUACUACUAAUACAUAAAUUUAGAGCAAAGAAAAUUACUCCUAUACCUUAUAAGAACAAGAAUCACACAGAAUGCUUUCUCAAAGAAAAUUACUCCUAUACCUUAUAAGAACAAGAAUCACACAGAAUGCUUUUCUUUUCUCAAGGAGAGAGAUUGUUUCCAAUACACUAAUGGGAAAAGUGUGGAUGUCUUAGAGUAGGGGAAACUAUAAAGAAAUAUAGGAGGAAAAGUUAUUGUUCAGUAAAACAAAAUAGUACCAGAAUAAAAAUCUCAUGAGUACUGAUCAAUUCCUAGACUAUAAUCAAAGUAAUAAACCCCGGUAAGGAAGCAUUGAAUUUAGUUAUUUAAAAAUUAAGCCAUUGCUGUCCUAUCUAAACAAGAAAGCUAGGGUUUAGUGCUCUAUAAAUCCUGUCUCUUAAAAAUAAUGGGGUGUGAUAAAAUUAUAGUUUAAUCUUUUGAUAGUGUCCUUAGCUAAGUUAAAUCUUUUAUAUUUUCUCUUAAUUUUGAAAGAGUUUUGAAAGAGUUAAAGAUGAAUGUGGUCUAAGGCAUUUUAUCUCAUUGUAGAUUUUUAAGUAUCAUUCAGAACAUACCUGACCAAGAAUGAAGUAUAUUGCUUUUUUUGAGACUCAGUUCCUACUUAUGGACAGAUAUUUACACAAUGCUCCUUAGAUUGUAAAUCAAUGUUAUGUUAAUUAAGGAUAAUAUGAUUUAGGUCUUGGGCCAAUAUAUAUAUAUAUAUAUAUAUAUAUAUAUAUAUAUAUAUAUAUAUAUAUAUAUAUAUAUAUAUAUAUAUGAGAGAGAGAGAGAGAGAGAGCGAGCAAGCUACUGGAAUUCUUACCAUUGUAAUAUGUAUGUCUACCUAGUAGGGGUUCAAGAUCUACACAUGAUACAUUUUGAGGACAAGUGCCCUCUAUUGGCUUAGUUAAAAACUGUAAAUUCCUACAUAACUUUCAAGUUCAUUUUUGAAGUGCAUACAUACAAUUCAUAUGAUUGAUUUGAUUGUGGCACUGCUAAUGUUACUUCUUGAACUUGACUGAAAAUAGCAACAUAUGACUGCAAAUCCUUUGUAUACUGAUUUUAGGAUGAUAUGCAAAUAAGCACUAUAUGUUCAUUUUCCAAUGAUUUUUAAAUAAAAAAAAAUUGAUUAA